UUAAACAAACCCUAGCUCCCAAAUCCCCUCCAUUUCACUCCUCAGCGGCCGCUCCCCAAAAACCCUAGCCGGACAACGAUGACGACGAGGUUCAAGAAGAACCGCAAGAAGCGAGGCCACGUUAGCGCCGGCCACGGGCGUAUCGGCAAGCACCGCAAGCACCCCGGCGGUCGCGGUAACGCCGGAGGUAUGCACCACCACCGGAUCCUUUUCGACAAGUACCAUCCAGGGUAUUUCGGUAAAGUCGGUAUGAGGUACUUCCACAGGCUGCGCAACAAGUUCCAUUGCCCGAUCGUCAACCUCGACAAGCUAUGGUCGCUUGUACCCCAGGAGGUGAAGGACAAGGCCGCCACCGCCAAGGGAGGAAGCGAGGCCCCGUUGCUCGACGUCACUCAGUUCGGGUACUUCAAGGUGUUGGGGAAGGGCGUGUUACCGUCACAGCCAUUGGUGGUGAAGGCCAAGCUGAUUUCAAAGACUGCCGAGAAGAAGAUCAAGGAGGCUGGUGGCGCCGUCGUCCUCACCGCUUAGGUUUAUUAAACCGAUUUGAUAAUUCUGAUCGUUUUUCCGAGUUUUCGUUAUCUUAUAAAGUGUGCUACUUUAUUUUUGAGAUAUGGUACUAAACUUUAUUGCUUAAUUUUAGAUCUUCUUUGUUGUUCAUGCAAACAGAGAAUGAAAUUGAUUUUGUUGACUCCA